GGAGGAAGAGGAGCUGCUGUGGCGGGGAAAAUAGAAGAAGAUCCGCAAACGCAUGGAUUUAUUUCCCGCGCUUCUUUGUUCACCUUUUUCAAGAUGACUGACCCUCCGAACACUUUUUCAUCUUCAUCAUCCUCCUCAUCUUCAUCAUCGGCGGCGCGGCCUCGCUCCGUCCUGCCGCCAGCGGACCGGGAGCAGCGGCGCUAGAGGCGAGAGGUCAGAUCGCGGGCGAGCCUCGGAGAGACGGCGUCACGUGACCCCUGAUGCCAAAUGCUCUGCAGGCGGCGGUUCUCAGCCAGGACCCGAGACGACAGACAUGCAGAAGAGCACGUACUACGACAACGCUGCCACGCUCUUCGCCGGCUACCCGUCCUACCAGGCGCAGGGGGGGGCGGCCAACGGCUUCGGGGGCUACGAGGCGCAGGGGUCGCACCGGCCGCCCGCCUUCCAGCCCGCCGCCCAUCUGGAGGUGGACACCUUCCACGGCUCCGCCUGCUCCCUGCUGGCUGCUAGUGGCGGGCGGCAGCAGCGGGUAGUUGACGGCGAGGAGCUGGGCGGCAGCUGCAUGAGACCCCGCCGCACGCCCGCCUCCCCCACGCUCAGCGACGGCAGUACCGCCAAUCAGCAGCCGGGGGGCAGCGCCAGCGCCUCCUCCGCCCCUACGGUGGGCCCCGACAAGUCCUCCGCGUCCUCCGCUUCCUCCUCAACGUCCUCCUCCUCCUCCUCCUCGUCCUCCUCGUCCUCCUCGCUGCCCUCCAAGCACAUCUUCCCCUGGAUGAAAGAGUCCCGACAAGCCACCAAGCAGAAAAACUGCUCAGCCGCCAACACCUCGGCCAACGCGUCGGGCGGUGGCGAGAGCGGCAGCGGCGGGGAGAAGAGUCCCACCGGCGCCUCGUCGGUGUCAUCCAAGCGGGCACGUACGGCGUACACCAGCGGACAACUGGUGGAACUGGAGAAGGAGUUCCAUUUCAACCGCUACCUUUGCCGUCCUCGGCGGGUGGAGAUGGCAAACCUGCUCAACCUGUCCGAGCGCCAGAUCAAGAUCUGGUUCCAAAACAGACGCAUGAAGUACAAAAAGGACCAGAAAUCCAAGGGAUUAAGUUCCAGCUCAGGAGGACCUUCCCCGACCGGCUCGCCGCCUCUGCCCAUGCAAUCCUCUGCCAGCUUCCUUAACUCCAUGCACCCCUUGGUAGGAGGGGGUGGCUCCGGCUUUGAUGCUCCAUCUCCUCCAUCCUUUGGUAAACCUCACCAAGGAGUGUCUUACUCCAUGUCGACUGCCUACUCCAACCUCCCCAUGAAGGGCUGCCCUCCCCAACAGAAGUACAGUCACCAGGAUCAAGACUACGGCGAGCCCCAUCCUCACCAUAACAUGGUGCAGGCCAACAAUGCCAGCUUUGGGACAGCCCCCAACAUGCAGGCCAGUCCGGUGUACGUGGGGGGUGGCAGCUACGUGGAACCCAUGCCCGGCUCGGGGCCGUCUAUGUAUGGCUUGAACCACCUGGGCCCCACUCCUACACAUCACCAGACCAUGGACUACAAUGGCGUGGGGCCCAUGUCAGCUGCUAACCAGCAUCAUGUGAGUGGAGGGGUCCCUCAGGGUCCCUGUGACCCGCCCACGCACCCCACAUACCAGGAGCUGUCAGCGCACCACACCUCGACUCAGGGCAGAAUUCAAGAGGCACCCAAGCUCACUCACCUGUAGUUGGAUGGGAGGAGCAGGAAGACGGACCACACGCAACAAGUAAUGUGACUCGUUAACAGACUUACUAACACGGGGGUGGGGCUUACUUGCGGGUAGAGGCUUGGCGUGAAGGAAAGGAAGAAGACACGGUGAAGCGAUUCAGUGGUUUGUUCCUGACCCUUUUUCUAGCGCUUACCUGGUUUUAAGUUGCAGAGAAGCCGGAGUCCGACCAGGGACUUGUUGACGGGGGGGAGGAAACUGAACCCUGAGAAGUCAAUGACGAGACAACAAAAGAUCAGAAUCAAAGGUGUGUGUUAGGGUGUAAUGUUGGUACAUACCUGGGUGUAACAUCGGUACAUAUCUGGGUGUAACGUCAGUACAUACCUGGGUGUAACUAGACACGUCGGUACAUACUUGGGUGUAACGUCGGUACAUACCUGGGUGUAACCAGACACGUCGGUACAUACCUGGGUGUAACAUUGGUACAUACCUGGGUGUAACCAGACAAGUCGGUACAUACCUGGGUGUAACCAGAAACGUCGGUACAUACCUGGGUGUAACGUCGGUACAUACCUGGGUGUAACCAGACACGUCGGUACGUACCUGGGUGUAACAGACACGUCGGUACAUACCUGGGUGUAACAGACACGUCGGUACAUACCUGGGUGUCAACUCUUAGGCUUUUUCGGCUAGAGAAAGGAAACCAAAAGCAAGACUGAUUGGCUUUUUACCAAAAAGGAUUUGUUUUUUUUAGGAAAAUACAACGAUUUUGAAAAAAAAAAUUAUAUUUAGUUUGAGUGCCGUAGUGAUAGUUUAGUCGUUGCCCAUCUCUACUGAUGUGAUCUGAUUUGUUUACGUAUUUUAUCGCAAAGGCCAAGUGUUCCCAAACAGGAACAUCAAGACGGUUUUCAAGCUCUAGCUUCUAAUUGGCACAAUUGCUAGCCAUGGCUCCUGCUCGCCAAACACUCUUGUUGUUUACCGAGUAGUUGCCGAAAACACUUCCUGUGAGGGGAAUGUUCACACCUCUGUACCCAACUAACUGAAUGUACAGGUACCG